AUGCGGACGGUGCGGUUUUCGCUCAGCGCAGCAGCGGCCUCCGCACCACCACCGCUGAUGAAGGAAGCCGGAAACGUGGCUGGUGUCGCUGCGGCAGCCGAGAAACCACGACGGGCGUUUGCCCCACUACGCAUUCACCCGUGGCAGCGAGGCUGUCUAGAGGCGUCGCGCGAUCAGCUGCUGCCCCAGACCCUGCUGUACCACGGAACCCAUCUGGGUCCGCGUCCACUCAUCAUCCUCGACCACACUACGAAAAGUCCCGCGGAAGCAGCGGCGGCGGCGCAAAAGUACGAGGCCGUGCUUUCUCAGCUAUCGUGGGAGUACGGUGCCGUGUACAUUCCACUGCAGGUGGACUACUCGGAGACGACCAAGGGCCUUAUAGAACACACGUGCCAGCAGGUGUGUGCUGUCAUGGACGUGCUAGAUGUGCGCUGGACGCAUUUUUUAACACACUCCUAUGGCUGCCUCGUCGCUGCGUACAUGGCGGCCUCAGAGGCGUUUCCGCACCGCAUUGGCACCUUCAUCUCGCUUGAUACACCUCUAGUUACUCGGGCGUUGGUCCAGAACAUGCAACAGCGGGAGGAAAUUGCCAAGGCGGAGCGCAAUGUGAAUGUCCCUGAGGCAGACUUGUCAUUUGCGAAGCACAGCUUGCUCUCCUCGUUGGAGGGACCGCUGCCGUGCCCCGCCGAGUCAGACACGGGUUUGUAUAAUGACUACCUCUUUAACCCAGCUGGGAUAUUUCACGCCGACGGACUCGUGCGCUGCGAGGAGCGGUAUGUGCCGGUGAAGCACCUUGCAGAAGUGCGUCACCCAAUGCAGUUGGUGGUUCCCGCAGGCAACACCGUGGCAGAUGUGGCGGUGCACAAGGAGUUUUUUGGUCUUCGGCGUCCUGUCGUGCUGAAGGGAUGCCAGUGCCACGAGGAGCUUUUCCACGACGAAGGGGCGAAGGAACUCGCGAAGGUUCUCGAGACAUGGCUGCAGCGGUUUGAACCUGAUGCAUACCUUGCGAAACGGUACGAACAGGCCGCGAGGGAGAUGUCGCAGCUGAUGAUGAGCUCUGUCCCGGCCUCGGUAAAGGCGGACGGCGCUGAGGGAGGCGGCGAACAGCGGAAGAAAAAGAAGGAAAAGAAGAAAAAGGCGUAG